UUCAAAUAUUUACCACCCAACUCCUCUUCAGUCUCGAGAGUGCCAAAAGGGAAAAGCAGUGAAAAAAUGGUGGUCUCAAAGAUCAAGUAUGAGGAGCUACGGCGGCAAAGGAUGGAGGAAAACCAGAGAAGGCUAGAAGAACUCUGUCUUCCUCUCCUCUCUCAGGCCCUCAAAACCGUCUACUCUCCUAAGCCAUCUAAUAUAAAGAAAGCAAAACCACGCGUCACCAGGACAGAGCUUGUCAGGGUUCGACGGUCUCUCCGCGUAGCCAAAACUGAAGCGCCUGUGUACAAAGAAGUUACUUACCAUGAGCAAGUUCAACCACGAAGAGCUGCGUGCCCAAGGAGGGAUAUCACAAACAGGGUAUAUGCAUCCGAUGAAAGAAGGGCAGCUGCUAUUGAGAAAGCAGAGAAGUUGGAGGCGAGCCUUGAAGCUAAAUAUCCGAGAUUUGUUAGACCAAUGCUUCCAUCUCAUGUUAGUGGUGGCUUUUGGCUGGGUCUACCGGCUAACUUCUGCAGGAGAAACCUUCCGGCAAAAGAUGGAACAAUGACAUUGGUAGAUGAGUCGGGGGAAGUGUGGCCAACUGUAUACUUGUCCAGGAAAACAGGACUUAGUGGUGGAUGGAAGAAGUUUGCAGUUGACCAUGACUUAGCUGAUGGGGAUGCGCUUAUUUUUCAAUUGAUACAGCAUGCUAUAUUUAAGGUGUACAUAAUAAGAGUCAAUAAUUCGGCAGACGGUGAUGUCACGGAGUCCUCCAAGGACUCCAGUGUAUAAUAUCCAGGAAAUUUUAUAAUGUAGCUGUUCAGUGCAAUCUAACUCUCAAUGCUGUGCCGUCUAACCCGGGAGUGAAGUCCAUUACUGGAAGAUAUAUAUAAAUAUAAUGUUUUUUAAUCCAUGAAAUCAAGAUGUUUUGCUUUGGAGGGCUAUUACUCCCCGUAUGCCUGGUUAAGAGACAUGUAAUUUCAAUGGAUGAGGCUGCUUUUUUUUGUAACAAUUACUUAAAAUUAGAAGACAGAUUUUCGAGCAAUUGGAUUAUCACUUUGUUUGAAUAGAUUAACCCCUUUCAAAUUUGGAGAAACUUUCGGGUGGUCACCUACCUUAACUCACUUAACUUCGAGAAUUUUGUAGUUGUUAAGGAUGUUUUUACUUGGAUUGAAAUUUGUUGAUCUGGUCUGAACAGGUCUGGUC